CUAAAGUAAAACCAAUUGAAAUGAUCUUCAAAACUAUCAGCCGCAAGGAUUUGGCAUGUUUCGGCGUGACCUUUUUCGUGCUGUUGGUGUGCUUCACCCUGAUCUCAAUCUUUUCGGGAUUCGAGCACGAGCCCAAGCGAUACAAGACGAUGAUGGUGACCAUCAUCCUGGUGUUCUUUGUCCAGUACCUCGUCUACGAACCCAUCCGGUUCUUGGUGAUGGCCAUCGAUUAUGCCACUUGGCCGGAGGAGGAUCAGCCCUACAAAGCGGAGACGGGAAUGCAAAAGCCGAACCGCAUCGCCUAUCUAAAGAUCAGGCUACGAAGUCUGCGCUCCGAGCUUCUGAUCACCGAGGAACACCAAAACGAGCCUCUGAAUCGCAGAUACAAACAUAUUACCGGGGACCUUUUGCUCUACGGAACGUAUUUCGUGGCCCUCAUGUUUGUGGUGGUGAUGCAGGAGGACCAGUGUCUUUACUACAAUACCAACAACAUGCAGCGGCUCUUCAUGGAAAAUACCUCGUUCACCUACGGCCUGUCGCAAGUAUAUUUCUUAUACCAGAUCCACAAUUAUCUCAAGAUUACUAUGAUCGAGACCUUUUUUUCGCCGAACCUUUACGGUUACGAGGGCUGGUGGGCCAUGGAGCAGUGGCAGAAGAUCGGGGUGAUACGAUUGCGGCAGGUUCGUCCAGUGAACUGCCACUACGGACUGGGUCGGCCCAAAUGGGACACGGCUACGUAUGCGCCCGAGUGGCGCCUUCCCUACCAUCGCCUGCAUUAUACGGACAAGUUCUGGCGCAUCUACGACCCCUUCCGACCGUUCGACUUCAAGGUCAGUUUUUUAAAUGGCCUGCUGCUAAAUUUUGAUCACUGGGGCUAUAUGUUUCAUUACCCGGAAACCGCUGGUUACGUGGUAAUGCUGAUGAGUACAAAGGUAAACUGCCUGAAGCAGGUCGAUUACCUGAACGCGUACAGUUGGCUGAAUAAAAACACCUCGGCUCUGUUCAUUGACUUCGCGAUGUACAAUGCGGAUGUGAAUGCGUUUACGGUGAUCACUUUGCGUCUGGAGAACUCUCCGUUUGGCACCCAGAUGCACCGGGUGCAUGUGGACACUGUCCAGAUGCUGGGCUCUGUGGAUACCAGGAGCAAUUUAGAGCUUCUCGUCCUGGGCGUGUACGCCAUCCUAGUCAUCCAGUUCGUCCGCGGAGUUUUUUCGAAGCUCUGGCACGAUCCGGCCAGCAUCCGUGCGGUCUGGACCAUGGUGGACCUCAUCAUUUGCGCGCUGAAUUUCCUCCUGUUGAGCCUGACGAUAAUACGCGACUUGGAGACGGACGAACUAUCAGAAAUGAUCGAGACGAAUACCAGGGACCAGUACCUCGACUUCCAGCGUCCGUUGCGCCUCCACCAAAUGUUGGCCAUCGUCAAGGGCUUCCUGGUCGCCAUCACCACCCUGCGACUGUGGAAGGUACUGCAGUUUGCCGCCGUUUUUCAGCACUUCACGCAUACCCUCUUCUCCGCCUGGCGAGCCGUGGCCAGUCUGGGUCUGAUCAUCCUAGUUCUCCUGAUGGGCAUGGGCAUCGCACUGGCCGUGCCAAAUGGCAACAAUGCUGAGGUCUUCCAUCACAUCAUCCAGGCUGUUGUAACCUGUUUGUGGUACUCAGUCGGCUUUAGUGCGGGCAUUAAGCCUAACGAUUUCUUCCACGGAGGACGCAUACUAGGGAUUCUUCUUUACAUGGUGCUAGUCUUUCUGCUCGCGAUCGUCCUGAUGAAUGUGUUCGCAUCCGUUAUUUACGACUACUUUAAUGAGACGGGACGCGACUUGAAGGAGCAGGCGGGCAAGUCGCAAAUCUCCUUUUGGGAGUUCCUACGCGUCGAGUACUCGGAUUCCACGGCAGGAUUUGCCCGAUACUUCCGUUGCAUGACAAAAAAAUACAGGCCGCAUGGUCGCACAGUUGCACAGAAUGUGGAACUGGAGCUCACGAGACAGGAGGAAGCUAGGUUGCAAAAACGCAAUUUCCAAGAGCCCAUCAUCCCCGAAGAGGAUAAGCAUGGAGAUUACCUGAGACGCGGCAAGCGAAUGUUCAAGCUCAUGGCCAUUCUGGACGUCCAGGUGGAGAUCCUGGAGCGUUUGGUGCUGGGCGAUGCGGAUGGUAAUCUGCCCUCACCUGAUGUAUCCGAUUCUGAUCCCGAGGAUAUGCCUGAAAUGUAUCGCAAGCAACCUGUUAAACUGAGGCCAAGCAUAUAG